AUGGCAGACAAAUCAGCUUUCGUGCCAGUCGAUGCAAUCGGAAACCACAAGAACACGGAUCUUGACGUCGACAUCGACGACGAAUUGUUCGGAAAGAAGCCGCCAAAGACUGCCGAAGCGCCGAAGCCAGCUCCUCCUCCACCGGCUCCAGCUCCAGCCGCCGCUCCAUCUGCAGGAAAGUAUCAGUACAAGAAGUCGUCCACCUAUCAGAAGAGCUACGCUAAAUAG